AGUGUAACAUUUUCAGAGUUAAAUUUAACUCUAAAUCGAGUAAAAAUUUUACACUGGCUAACACUGUGCAGUGUUAAUAAAACUUAACACUCCUAGUCAAAUAACUCUGAUAAGAGUAAAUAUGAUUCUAAUCAGAGUUAAUAAGUUACUCCAUAAUGGUGAAAAAACUACUCUGGUUCACAUGUUAUUUAACACUGCAUCGAGUUAUUGAAAGUUUACACUGGAGGCUCAUAUAACUCCUAUGAGUGUUAAACUGACAGACUAGUUUUCCUUCUGAAGCCUCCACAUCUGAAACACAUUAUAAACAACUUAAUGAAUCAUUAUGCAAAUUAAUUCUUUGUUUUCCUUUUAAUAAAUCUCUAGAUGGACUAAUAACAGAAAAAGCAAAUGACAGAAAUACGUUCAGCAACCGUUUGUCAUAAAUAUUAGCGCAAAUCACAGCUGAGGUUUCUGAUCUCAGUUUAUAUCUUAUGGUAGAAAAAGAGAUGCACACAAACUUUUACUGUGCAGUGUUAAUAAAACUUAACACUCCUAGUCAAAUAACUCUGAUAAGAGUAAAUAUGAACUAAAAUAAACUAUAAACUGAAAGCAUUCCAGUACUAAAGAUGAAUGACUGAGGAAUUAUGUGCUGCAGGAACCAUGUUGAUUAAAACAAGACUUGGCGAGCUGCAAAAAUUUGUCCGACUAACGGAGCCGAAUCUGAAGGAGUUUUUGACAGCAGCAUUUGUAAAAUUUGGCCUACCAACUGUAACAGAGGGCGUGAAGGUUGUUGACAGUUCAGGGACUGAGUUGGAUGAAGAUGUUGUUAAGGAUCCUUCUGCUGGAGUCCUAACCAUCGAAUAUGAAACUGCAUCAUCCGAAGAAGGAUCUUGUCAACAAGGGCUUGGAGGACCAGCUGCUAGACGAGACACCAAGUUUGUUCCAGAGACUGUCCUGAGUGAAGAAGAGUGCAAGGAAGCCAUCGCACUGAUUAAGCAUUCAGCUGAUGAGGACACAAUCAAGAAGAAGAUGAAGCUCACAUUUGACUUCCUGCGCAACAUGGUCCUUGACCCCCAAAGGUCAAGCAACAUACUCUCUGUCUUUCCACAUUUCAAAGAUGUCAAAGGCUUGGUGGAGCAGGAUUUUGUCCUGAUGUUUGGAGAAGAUGUGUCUGGCAAGUUUCUUGAAAAAUGGACGACCAUGUUCAAGAGAAAGAUCAUCCAACAAUGCAGGAAGCUUCCAACCACCAGUGACCUUGAAGAACUUCUCCUGGCAGCUGAUACUCCUGAGGAUAGCACUGAAGUGGAUAAUGACAUGAGUUGGGACAGUGACCUCUCAUCGAUUUUGCUGCUGCUACACCUGAUUCCCCCCUCUGCCUUGGGUCGUAAGAGACCAGGGAAGGUAUCUGCCUCCCAAGCAGAGAAGCAUCUUGUGGUCUUCAAGAAGAUAGAAACCAACAUCCAAGAACAUCUUGAUGCCAUCACGACGAGCACACAACCCUAUCUCCUUGCUGUGGGACGGAGGAAGAAAGUAGCCCAACAGUUCUUCAUCAUCCUUGACAAGAAUGCCAUUGCUUGUAGGUCAACAUCCUCUCUUGGUGCUUUUGAUGAACUGUUUAAGGCACAUUACGUGUUUGCCACAACAUACAACCCCAUACUAUGCAACAUGUUCACAUUCAUCCAGACCACUGUGUACAAUAUAGACGUAGGUAAAGUGAAAGAAAGUCCUCGUGUGGCAGAAAUUCGGGCUAGGUUGCUUCAGUAGUACUUGAACAAAUCUGUUUGGCAUUAUGUGUUUUAUUUGUUGGGCAGAGUUAAGUUGCACAAAUGCACUUGUUUGGUAUCUACUUGGUAUGUGAUGUUACUGUGACAAAAGUUAACAAUGGAUAUCAAAACCUGCUUUAAUUCAAUAAAUAAGUUAAAUGCA